CAAUAUGGCAGCGCCCAUGGUAAAAGUGUAAUAUUUUGGAGGCUGGCCGGAUUGAAAAAAAAAAUACUUGAUACAUCUAGCUUAAUAAGAUUGUCAUAUAGUGAAUUAUGGACGAGGACAGUAUCGAAUCUUCUUUAGAACUUUAUAAAAGUCAGCUUUCCCAGGUGGACCAGGCUUUACAGGCUUCUGGAGAUAAUGCUGAUCUAUCAAAGUUACAAUCUGAUCUCCAGGAACUAAUUCGUCUUACUGAAGAAUCACUGCUGUCACUAAAGAAAAGCAACCUGUUGAAAUCUUUGGAACAAGACACUCGUGUAACAGGGGAGACAACCCAGGAGAGCUCCAAUGAUCUGGAUUCUGAAUAUGCUGCUUUCCAGGCAUUGUUGUCGGAUGAUGUCACCAAUCCUAAUGAGGUCCCCACACAGUCAGCCUCAGCCUCUCCAGAACAUGACACAGUUUCCCGGCAGACUCAUGAUGAGUUGAAACAAAUGAUUGGGAUGAAGUGUCGUGCUGCCUUUGCCCAUGAUUGGGGUGCCUUAAGCUACCAUAAUGCCAUUAUAUCGGAGGUCAUCCCUGGCACAUCCACAGACCACAUACCGAAGGUUUCAGUGAUGUUCUGUAACCCUACACACAUGUCCAUGCUGCCCUGUACAUAUCACCUGGAGGGAAACUGUAAAUUCUCCGAUGAGAGAUGCAGAUUUUCCCAUGGACAUCCAGUAGAAUUGGGGGAUUUGAAGGAAUACCUGGAACCAGAUUACAGUACUUUAGCCUUAGGAGGGCGUGUUCUUGCUCAGUAUGAAGAUAACCUCUGGUAUAAGGCCAUGAUUGUUGACCUUCAUGAUGAUCACCAAUACAGCGUUACCAUGGAUACAUAUGAAGGAGUUCAUAAACUUGACAUAAAACACAUUUUUCCUUUAGAACAAACAGAUGAGGAAUCAGAUGUUGAGGAAGACAAUUCAGAUGAUGAAAGAUCUACGGUAACCACACUUCUAGUAUCUGAUGAAGAGGAUGAACUUGACAUACCCGUGUUUCUUUGGAAACCCCCAAAUAGCUCACAGAGGCUUGGGACAUGGGAGGCUCACACAAAGGGUAUAGGAUCCAAACUGAUGGCCAAGAUGGGAUACGUCCUUGGCCAGGGCCUUGGGAAGAAGGAGGAUGGCCGUGUAGAGCCUGUUCCUAUACAACUCCUUCCUCCAGGAAAAUCAUUAGAUACUAUUAUGCAGUUAAAAGAAAUAGCCGGCGAACAGGAUUUAUUUGAUGUUAUGAAGAAUAGAGAGAAGAAACAAAAAGCACAGGAGAAAAAGCAAGCUCAAGCCUAUGAAAAAAUGAAAACAAAAGACCAUAAUGUUUUUGAUUUCAUAAACAGAAGAUUGGGAGGGAAGAAAGGAAACCUAAAAGACCUGGUGGCUCGUAAUCAGGGUAGCCAUAACAACGAGACAAGUUCCAGUGGAACUCAUCGCAAUAUCUCUGAGCAAGACCUCAAUUCUAAAUCAGAGAGGCACUUAAACAUACAGUUGCUGAAAACAGACGAAGAAAUUAAAAAUGUGAAAAAGGAAUUGGAAAAGUUGAGAGAGUCCUUUAACACGGAACGAGUUAAGAGACAAGAGUAUGGCAAGUAGGAUCCGUCAGAAGAUUGAGACCACAGAGGCUUACCUACAGCGCCUGACGACAUCAGGCAAUGCUAUUCAGCAACACAAACAAAAACGCACCAACCAUAAAAAACUCACAGUCUUUUGACUUCGUCAUCAUUUUAAUGAAUCUCAUCUUACAAACAGAAACCGUGAGUAAGAACGGACUGUGUUAAAUUGAGGCUGGAAGGACACUCGGCAGUCGUGUAAUGGGAACUCUAACAGAGACCUACUACUGCCAUAAUCUAUAAAGAGAUCAGUUUACGGUUACGAUUUGGAGAAAUAAAAAAAAUGUAUUGCAACCGAUUGUCAAGGAAGAACAUGAACUUCUGGACAUUUGGCUGUGUUAACAAAGACGUGGAAUCGAGAACACGUUGGGCUGCCAUUCUAAGAUUUAUCAGGGCUAAGUAUGGGUCCGUCUGCCUGUCUGUAUGUCUACUGAUUGAGUUCUUGUUCAGUAAUUGCUUGAUUUCAACCAAAUAUAGUAUUCACGAUGGUACAUGAAAAUGUUACGAGGGAGAUAGUUAAUUAGGUCUGUUGAUGUUUGACUGACGGUAAGUUUUGUAUGGAAUAUUUGACAUGUAUGUACGUAUGGCUGCAAAUGUUGUUGUUUGUUAUUAAACGUAAUUUUAAUUUAUGUAUAUUUAAAUAAAAUCUUCAUUAGUG